CUUACACUGCCGCAACUAGGCUCCCGCUAUAGCUACACAUGAAGCCUUUGAAGCUUCGAGUUGAACAAGAGCUCUAAGGCACACAACAACGCAAAUUUACACCAGGGUCAAUCAAUCACCAGCUGAUAAAUUUUGUUAAGUUGGCAGUGCAGGGAGUCAUCGGUCGUGACCCUCUUCCUGAAAGGGCGACUUCGUACUCGACCUCUAGCCUCUAGGCUCUCGCACUUGUCCUGGAUACCGCUGUCUGAUCACAGACGGGAACGUUGACAUUGGUUCAUCUCAGCUCCCGAAAUUUGCUAAAAGACACCUCACGUUCGUUGUUCCUGGACCAUCCUUUUUUCUUCUGUACGAAGCUGUCAGUAUCACGGCUUGAUACCAAUGGUCCAGAUUACCCCCCUCCUCUGGCAGGCUCUUGUCACUGUCGCGCAAGCCCCUCCUGUCGCGCGCAAUGUCCAUCCCAACGCCCUCGCCGUCCGUCAGGUAAAUACGAGCGACCUCCCUUCUCAAUGCCAAAGCACGUGCCAAGUCAUCAAUACGAUAAGUGACUGCGACAACAGUCUAUCUUGCAUUUGCGUGUCGACCAUCGGAACCCAGCUUCAAACAUGCAUGGAUUGCCUUGUUACGGCCGAACCAUCUGCCUCGACAGACGCUGAUUCCGCCAUCGACAGCUGGAACGAAGCUUGUGGUGGAUCUCUUACUAGCUCUACUGCUAAUGGUAGUAGUAGUAGUGGCAGUAGCCCUUUCACACCACCAAGACAGGUGAUGCUGUGAGCAUAAGACAGCUUUGGGGCACUUGGCCUGAUCGUUUCCAUUGCUUGCGGUAUUAUCAUACUCUGAACAUGAGUGCCAACCUUAGUCUUUUAGGGCGGACCUUUCUUUGGGACAGAUGAUCAGCAUACCACACCAACCCUCCUUUCUUAACACUGGCAUAAGUACAACCUACUGUUAUCGAACAAUUUAACUAGUAAAAUAUUCGCCGCUAUGGCCCGGGCACGGUUUGCUCGUUGGUAUCUGCUGAAACAGGAAGAAUUAGCCUCGAAGAGGGUCGUCCGAAGUAAGACAAAUUGAAUACAAGGUUUGCAAUGCGUACCUGUUUGUUCUCUGGUUUCCGUCAUUACCUUGCGAAGCAAGGUCAUGUUGGAUGGCAC